UAAAGGGGUGAAAGUGCAAAAACCUUUCGUCUACCAAGAAUUAAAGAGUUGUGAAAAGAACAAUAAAAGAAAUGGUGACUAGCCCUCGAACAAAUUCUUUAGAUUACAGAACGGAGCUUCUAUCACCACCUCCGCCGGGAGAGGAGCCGCCGGUGACAAGUGUGCCGUCAUGGCGACUAACUAUGGAUAAUAUUCACUUGCCUGAAAGACGUGAGGAAUCUCAUUUUAGCAUUGCUUAUUUCUUGAAAACACUGAAGAGACAAAGAGAAAUUGCAGAAUAUUACAGAAGGCAGGAAAAACUUCUUAAAGAGUUCAGUGAAGUGGACUCCUUCACUGAGCUUGGCACUUUGCCUGGAGCUUUGUCUGAGAGUGAAAUAAAGCAAGUGGCAAGGAGUGAGAAAAUGGCAAUCUAUGCAUCAAACAUAGCGAACAUGGUGCUUUUCAUAGCAAAAGUAUAUGCUUCAGUUGAGAGCAAAUCCAUGGCAGUAAUAGCUUCAACAGUCGACUCUCUUUUGGAUCUCUUGUCUGGUUUUAUUUUAUGGUUUACUGAUUAUGCUAUGAGGUCCCCCAAUCAGUACCGAUAUCCCAUUGGCAAGCAGAGGAUGCAACCUGUGGGAAUAGUUGUUUUUGCAUCAGUAAUGGCAACUCUCGGAUUACAAAUACUGUUCGAAUCGGGACGAGAACUCAUCACUCAGGCUCAGCCGGACAGAGAUCCUAACAAGGAAAAAUGGAUGAUUGGGAUUAUGGUUUCAGUUACACUGAUUAAAUUCAUACUAAUGGUAUAUUGUCGCAGAUUCCAAAAUGAAAUCGUCAGGGCAUAUGCUCAAGAUCAUUUUUUUGAUGUCAUUACCAACUCAAUUGGUCUUGCCACUGCCGUUCUAACUAUCAGAUUUUACUGGUGGCUUGAUCCUCUUGGCGCUAUAUUAAUAGCAUUAUACACAAUAACCAAUUGGGCAAAUACGGUCAUGGAGAACGUUUGGUCAUUGAUAGGGAGGACAGCCCCACCAGAGUAUUUAACGAAGCUAACAUAUCUAAUUUGGAAUCAUCAUGAGGAGAUAAAGCAUAUAGACACAGUUAGGGCAUACACAUUUGGGUGUCAUUACUUUGUAGAAGCAGAUAUUGUGCUGCCAGAGGACAUGUCCCUUUCUCAAGCACAUAACAUAGGUGAGACUCUUCAAGAGAAGCUUGAACAACUUCCUCAGGUCGAACGAGCUUUUGUGCAUGUUGACUUUGAGUUCACCCAUCAGCCCGAGCAUAAGCCUAAGCGAACAUGACCAUCGACCAGCGAGAAGAACACUAGUCACACAUAUAGGUUGCCACUGUUUAAGUUAUUUGUAUACGUCGCACCUCAUACUGAGGAGCAACUAGAACUCCAAUUAUUGACACAGUUGUUAUGUAAAUUGUAUUGCUAAUAAUAUGAUUACAAAAUCAAUGGUUCAUGAGUUGAUGAACAAGAUCUUUUUUAAUUA